UGGCGGACUAAAACCCUACUGCUUUGAAGCUCCAACAAUGGCGACCUCUUCUUCAUCAUCUUCUCCGUUUCCUCUCCACCCUCAUCGCACCCCCGACGAUACCCUCUUCUUCUCCAUCUUCUCCGAUGAAUCCUCUGCGGCUUCCCUUCCUCCUCUUCACCUCCACAUCCUCCGCAUUCUCGCACCUUACCUCCAUGACUACCUUUGGCAUCAUGAUCCCUUCCUUAUCUCCAUUUCCCCCGUUCCCUGCGCCGUCUGUGGCUCCGGCGAUCUUCCUCACCUCCACGGCAAGCUCAGGUAUGGUGACAAUCUCGAGGACGAGUGGUUUGCCGUCUUCCUUCUCUUUGCGAUCACUCGUGAGAUCCCCUCCGUCUCUAUCCGGGUUUGGGACUCCGACGGUGAAUUCCUUCUCAUCGAGGCCGCCUACCAUCUCCCUCGAUGGCUCACCCCUGAUUCGUCUCCUAAUCGUGUAUUCAUCCGCUCAGGCCUUCUCCAUAUCAUCCCCAAAUCCUUCUCCCCCUCCACCCCAUCCCUCCCUGAUGCCCUCUCCGCUCUCCGUUCAUCCGAUGUAGAUACUGUCGCGCCGGAGCCUGUUCAGUCCGCCAUUGGCCGCCGCCUCUCCGGCUAUCCAGAGCGAGCGAGAGCAAACAUUCAUCGGGUUCGCGCUAGGGUUCCGUUGUCGGUGGCCCUUGUGUUAAAGCACGAACCUUGCUUGAUUUCCUUGGCCGUGGAGGCGUUCUAUGAUCGAGAUGUGGAUUCCAUGAAGCAUGCUGCGAAGAUGGAAAAGUUCUCGAGUUCGGAGAUGGUGCGAGUCAGUGUUAGGAUGACGAGGGCGAUGUAUGCCCAGCUUGUGCAGCAGGACUUCAGGGCGCCCAACGGGUAUCCAAUGGCACGGAGAGAAGAGGGGAAGGAAGUGUAUGCGGAGGCGGAGCUGGGUAUGAAGAUUGCUUGUGGGUUUGAGAUGAUGUAUCAGGUGAGGAGAUUGGCCGGCGAAGAAGGGAAGGGGGAGACUUGGGAGGUGUUCAAGAAGAGCUUGGAGAACAGUGGGUGCUUUGAUGGGUUGCUCCCUGGGUCGAAGGAGUAUAAGAGGAUUAUGGAUGGUGCCAUGGAGUGCUAUAGGAGUAGUUCUGCGUUCUUGCGAACAAGGGACAUCCUGUAUGCUCCAGUGCAACGCAUAGAUGAAAUUCUCUCUUCACCUCAUUCUGCUGAUGAUUUCAAAGUUACUGAGAUUCCUCCCAAUGAUGAUGAUUUGUGGUUCUAUAAUGGAGAGGAUGAGUUGAACUCUGUCAUUUUGGAAAGACAGAAAGAAAUGGAAUCUUAUGAAUCGGGCUGCAGAAAAAAUGGAAAAUCAAGACAACCUGAAGGGUCUAAUGAUUUCAAUCUUGGCAACAUAGCAGAAUCUAUGCAAGCAUUUGUCCAGAAAAUUUCAAGUUUUGAAGGGGCAGAGGUUCCUGAAAACAGAGACUCAAAAGCUGUGGAGCUUGAUUUUGGCCAGUUUAUGAAGGAGAUGGCAUCAGUUUUAGAACCUGUUAGUAACCAAGGAGCUGUUGAAGGACAUGAUUCUGAUGGAGGACAUUCCCCAUCAACUGAUAUGGAAUAUGAUGACUUUGAAUCCGGAAGUGAUCUUGAUGACCAACAUGGGGAUGGUGAAACCGAAGACUAUUUUAUGCAGACUUAUUCUGACGCUCUAAAUAAGGAACUAAAUGAAACCACACUAAACAAAAGCUUUGUCCGUGCACAAGAACAUACAGACAACAAUGUUCAGGGGACAUCCAGUGCUGCUGCUGCUGCUGCUGCUGCAAAGGAUUCAGAUGAGGAAUUAACCCCUGUUGAUGUGGAUAUAAACCUUGUACAAAGCUUCCUGGACUCCUUCGCUUCUCAGCAAGGCCUUCCAGGUCCAGCUUCCAACAUGCUUGGACUCAUGGGAUUAAAGGUCCCCCAACAAGAUCCUAAAGAGCAGUGAUUCCAUUCUACCAGCAAAUGUAUUACAUGCAAAUGUAUAUAUAUUUAUAUGACCUGUGUCAUGAUAUGCAAUUUUUUGUUUCCCCAAAGCCCCUAAUUCAAAUGAAAAAAAAAAUGUGAAUGAACUUGUUUCUGCAUUCUGCUA